AUGGCGGUGGCGGCGGCAGCGAACCCGGCGAAGACUCCGAGCAACUCGAGGAGUACAAGCCCCGAGGAGCCGCCGGGUCCAGACGCCGAGCCAGACGCCGAGCAAGCGCUGCUGGCGGAGAUCAUCGUGGACUACGUUUCCAACUCGCUGGUGCGGGAGCGGUACGACGAGGAGCAGGUCAACAUCGAGUACCGGCGUGAGAUGCAUGAGCUGCCGUACGGCACCGAGCUGCAGGAGGAGGCGUUCGGUGCAGAGGCAGGGGACGACGGGUCAUCGCAACCUCUUCAUGACCCGCAGCUAAGUAUCCCCUCGCCCUUCGGCCAGAAGCCAAGUGAUGUAGAGUGCGUGCCCUUGACGUACAAGGAUGUCCUUAACUCCAAGUACAAGGUGCUGUGGGAAGCAGCCAUAGCAAAGGAGUUCGACGGCCACAAGAAGACGGGGACGUUCUCCGAGAUUAGCGGUCUGCCCGAGGGGCGUAAGGCCAUCAGUGCGAAGUGGAUUUUCUCGCACAAGACCAAUGAGAAGGGGCUGAUUGUCGACUUCAAAGCACGUAUGGUUGCGCGUGGUUUUUCUCAGAUUCCCGGUGUGGAUUUUCACCACUCAUCAUCCGCAUGCCCUUCCGCGGUGUCCAUCAAAACUAUGGUGGCCGUAUCCACCGAGAAUGGUAGGAGGCCUGUCCACUGGGACAUCAAGCAGGCGUACACACACGCCAAGCUGAAGGAAGAAAUCUACCUGAGGCUUCCAGACGGUUGUGGUGUUUGGACUGGCAAGGCGGUGAAAGUCGAGCGUGCUCUGUAUGGACUCAAGCAGAGUGGGCGCGAGUGGGGGUUUGAGGCUGCCGAUGCCCUGAUCUCAAACGGCUACGAGCAGUGCAGGGUGGACCCCUGCAUUUUCCGCAAGGUGGUUGACGGAGAAGUCGUAGGUCUCAUCGUGAUCUACGUGGAUGACAUCAUGUUGUCCGCGACCGAGGAGGAGCGUGAAGAGUUGCUAGCGUCUCUCCAGAAGAGAUUCCCUGUGAAGGAUCUAGGAGAUUGUACCUGGUACGAUGGGUGUGCCAUUGAGGUGGACCUUGAGAAUGGUACCACCAAGCUGUCCCAGACGGCUUAUAUCGAGAGCAUGCUCAACCGCUUCAAUGUCACGACCACUGCUCCCACGCCCGCUGUCGUCGACGAUGACCUAGGGCCGAAGAGAGACGACGAGUCCUCGGUGGACAAGCCCGUGAGGGAAGCGAUCGGAUGCCUGAUGUGGUUGCUGUUCACGAGGCCGGACAUCGCGCUGCCUUUGAACAAGCUGCAGAAGAUCGCCCACUCACCCACCGAGAGGAUGUGGAACGCGCUUGUGCGGAUCAUGUCCUACCUCAACGAGACGAAGGACCUCGGGAUCACCUACGUCCGCGGAUCAGGGCUAGACCUAGACGUGUUCGUCGAUUCUAGUUACGCCGACAGCACCGUUGACAGGCGUUCGACGACGGGGCUAGCCGUGACUGUAGGUGGGACCGUAGUGUGCGCAUCCACGAAGACACAGCCAGUGACGGCUCAGUCGACCACGGAGGCAGAGUAUAUUGCAGCCGGGGAGGGCGUGAAGGAAGCGUUGUUCGUGCGUGGUGUUCUGUCGUUCAUUGCGCCCGAGACGAGCGGUGCCACGAUCAGGGUCCGUGAGGACAACGAGGGGGCUCUCGCGUUGGUGCAGAACCCAUUCAGCUCGGCGAGGAGCAAGCAUAUCGACGAGCGGUUCCACUUCAUCCGCGAGCUCUUCAAGGCGGGCAAUAUCACCGCAGACUAUGUCUCGACAGCAGAGCAGCACGCCGAUAUGCUGACCAAGGAAGAGUUGUUCGUGCGUGGUGUUCUGUCGUUCAUUGCGCCCGAGACGAGCGGUGCCACGAUCAGGGUCCGUGAGGACAACGAGGGGGCUCUCGCGUUGGUGCAGAACCCUUUCAGCUCGGCGAGGAGCAAGCAUAUCGACGGUCGGUUCCACUUCAUCCGCGAGCUCUUCAAGGCGGGCAAGAUCACCGCAGAUUAUGUCUCGACAGAAGAGCAGCACGCCGAUAUGCUGACCAAGGUCCUUGGUAGGGGCAAGUUGGAGUACCACCGGAAGGCUCUGAUGAAGUUGCCGAUGUAG